ACUCAAAUGCAUGACUGGAAAUCUGAAAAGGUCCACCUGAAAUCUGCCACAGUACGUUUGGACCCCACCCUGAGGAAUCAGGGCCUGACCCAGGAGGACCUGGGAGUGUCCAGCUCUGAGGCUCUGGCUCAGGCAGGGAGGGACGGGAGCAGAUGGGGCCCCCAAGGCCUGGGGUGCUGGGGCCUGACUAUGGAAGUCGGUGUUUCCUGAGCGCCCGUGCGGGGGCUGGGCCUCUUGCUGGGAGCCUGUAUGAGGGAUGUGCCCACCAAGGCUGUGCGUCCCCAGACAACCUCCUGCACCAGAACACCUUCCAGCGGGAGAUCCAGGCCAUGAAGCAGCUGCGGCACAGGCACAUCCUGGCGCUGUACGCCGUGGCGUCCCUAGGGGACCCCGUCUACAUCAUCACGGAGCUCAUGCCCAAGGGGAGCCUGCUGCAGCUGCUGCGGGACUCUGAUAAGCAAGCCCUGCCCAUCUCGGAGCUGGUGGACCUUGCAUCGCAGGUGGCGGAGGGCAUGUGCUACUUGGAGUCACAGAACUAUGUUCACCGGGACCUGGCCGCCAGGAACAUCCUCGUGGGGGAGAACAAUAUCUGCAAAGUGGGGGAUUUUGGGCUCGCCAGGCUCAUCAAGGAGGACAUCUACCUCUCCCAUGACCACAGCAUCCCCUACAAGUGGACAGCCCCUGAGGCACUCUCCCUAGGGCAUUACUCCAUCAAAUCUGAUGUCUGGUCCUUCGGGGUCCUCCUCCAUGAGAUCUUCAGCAGGGGUCAGAUACCUUACCCAGGCAUGUCCAACCACGAAGCCUUCCUGAGGGUGGACGCUGGCUACCGCAUGCCUUGCCCCCUGGAGUGCCCACCUCCCGUGUACGGGCUGAUGUGCUCCUGCUGGAGCAGGGACCCAGAGCAGAGGCCUUGCUUCCAAGCCCUGUGGGAGAGACUCUCUGGCUUCACCAGGUACGAGAACCCACUCUGAGAUGCCUUGGGGGCUGCCUGGCCAGGUCCUGGCUGUCCUGGACCUCAACUGAGGAGAAGUGUGGUCCUUUAGUUUACUGACAUGAUGGUGGGCACAGCAAACACAGCACGUGGGGACUUGCGGAAGCAGCAGAGCAGCUACAUGACUCUGACAAGCAGCAGGCUGCAGGCCUGGCCAAAUGCCCUCACUGGCCGUCUCCCCAGCCACCAGCCUCCAACGUGGUCCUUUGGCCACAGAUGAACAUAACCAAGACCUCUCAAGAAAAGCA